AUGGCAAGCAGCGCAAGCUUUGCAAGAUGCACGGUGCUUCUAUUGCUGGUCCUGCUGCUGUUGUCAACCAUUGGUGCCGCUUCCGACAGCUUGCCGCCUGAAGACCAAAGGCAGAAUCAUGAGAUCAUGCAAGCUGCCAAUCGAAUGCUGCAGUUGUCCUUUGGCAAUAACAACGCAAACGCAAACGCAAACAGCCACAGUGAGGAGGACUGGACGUUGCUUUUGGAAACCAUGUUUGCUCAUGACAAGGAAGCACUGGCAAAUAUUCCACAAUGGAUCCAGCAAGCAAAAUUGACUACUGCUAGCUAUGAUAGUACUAGUAGUAGCACUGCAGCUGUGGAUGUGAACCGUCACUGGAAAGGAAUUCUGGACAUGAUACGCAACAGCAGUAGUAGUUCGGAGGAUGAUGACUGCUUGCAUCGAGAAUUCGACGUGUCCGACGUCCACAAAUUUGACAUUGACGAGGCUACGAAUGAUGAUAGAAAGCAAUAUUGGCACAUCGAUGGCCACUAUGUUCACAAUGAGGACAACGACUUUGGCAACGAUGUGGCAGGACAUGACAGACCGCCAUUUGCCGUCAAUCUCUUUACACCACUACUGAACCUGAAACCCCACCAUGGUCCUACCGAGUUUUGUGUGGGGACCAGUCAUUUGAGAGGGUUGGAUCUAGAUCAUUAUUUUGAGAAAACAGUGGACAACGACGACAACAACACCGAUACUAUUAGAAUCCUGCAACAGCUGCAAGAAUUCGAAUGGCACGUGCAAAAUGGCAACAACAACCGAGGCCGCCCGCCACCAGAAUGUCCUCCUCCUUUUUCAAGACAACCACUGCUACAAAAGGGAGAUGUCGUCUUGUUUGAUUACAUGGUGACACAUCGUGGUGGCAGCAAUGUCAGUGACGAGUUGCGAUCCCUUCUUUUUGCCAUGUACAGCCGAAAGUGGUACCGUGAUACGACAUUUGAUGGAGGAGAUGACGAUGACUGCGACUAUUAUGACGAUAAUCCACAAGAGUGCGAGUUGGAAUUCUUGACCAAAAUGACCAGGUUUGCAGUGGUGGAUGAGCGGGCAAAUAUUAGGAAUGAUCUCGGCGCCAAGGACGGUAAUGAUGAACUCUGAUCGGCAACACACAACAAGAAACAAUUUUGGCUGUACCGAACGAACGACAUAGGUGGCAGUUUGUCAGAGUUCUGAUUGCCCGCCCAUGUACUCUAGUAGGGGCAGACAGAUACCCGUCAGGGGCUAUCAAUAUCUGCUAGAUUUGUACGAGAGCGAGCGAUGCAAUCUUCCGUGUAGAUCCUCCUUCCUUCAGGAGGUUGGAACGAGGAAAUUCAGCGGCUACGACGCUACAAAGUUGAGCCUUGAACCACCGGAUAAAAUUGGGCCUAUCAUUGGGGCUUGAGAAACAAUUGUGUGGGUGACUGUAGGCUUGGCUCCUCCUUGACCCUUCGGCUGAGAGAGACUAUCAUCACGACGAAAGAGCACAUCUCGUGUUUUAUCUAUCCUUCCCAUCUGCACCCACUCUUGGUACCGUAGUGUACUAAUCAUCGGAACCUGACAUCACAGUAGUCAUGUUUCCACCCACAUACGAAGGGGAAGCAUCUCGUUUUCCGUCAAAUGAAAGCCAUCUUUAAACUAUUGGCGACAACCUUUAGUAGGUCGUGCAUCUCGAGAAAACGGGGAGGGCUAGUGUUCAGAAGUAGGUGCCGGAAGGAUCAUCUCAAAAGCUAGCCGGAAUUGGUUCUAAACGACAAUUGAAUAGUGCAACCGGUACACUGCUACUUGUCAGCUCUAGCUACAUGUAGUUUUGUUCGUGAUUUGAAUUCCUAUCGAUACAACCUCUAGAUAUUGGGUUCUCCUCUAUCAUUGCAUCUUGUGUCAUAUGGCAGACAAUUCAAUUGCUGUGCGGGGCCCAUUUGGCAAGCAAAUUGUUCAGAUUGGCAUGAUGUUCCGCAUCUAGGUAGGCAGAAUCUGCAAACCAACCGCUCCAAGACCAUUCCAAAGAUACCCAGAUGUAUCCAACUAUCCAAGCAGCAGCAAGUGCACGGAGUGGGUUACGUGCGCUGUACUUUUGAGCUCGCAAAGAGAACCCCCCUUUCACAACCAUUAAAACAAAGAGCGUCGACUUGAAAAUUGAAAGGUUGGUGUCUUGGAGAUGGAAAUGACGGAAGACAAGGAAGCAGUUGUCAUGGAAAAUAUAGGAAACCAUCCCAAUGUAGAUCAUAGCAAAGAACAGCAGGACUAAAUACACAAUGCGUCCUAUCGCCAACACAAUCCCAGCGUAGACGUUCCACUUGGUCGUUUUCCUGCUCUCGUUGGCGUUCCAGUUUUGGUGUUCAUGGCUCGUGACAAUGGCCACGAUGAAGAUGAUGGGUGGAGUCGCUGCACAGAACACAAUGUAGAAUAUUAAAUCUAGUAGGGAGACCAUGGUGGGGAUUUGGAAAGCUC